CCGGAUCUAAUUUCCUCCCUGUGCUUCAAGUCGGAGUGGAUGCGCCAGAGGGGAGCGGAGUGCUCAUAAGGGAGGGACGAACCAAGUCAAGUUUGGAUUCAGGAGCGCACGGCCACAGCGAGAGCGACGGGAGACACGGAACAUCUUCUCAUUCUGUUCCAUCUUAUUUAUUUCCCUCAUUGACCACACUGACUGCUGUCCCGGCCUUUUUUGUUGUUGUUGUUAUUUUUUGGAAUUAAAGGGGGAUCCUUGAUUGGGCACACAGGAGGAAAAGGAUGAAGCCUUCCCUGGGGUUGACUUUGAUGUUUCUUCUGAUCGAUUUGCAGACUCAAGACUGUGUCGCAUCCAAGGCGGAGGACCGGCUCUUCAGGAAGCUUUUUAGACGGUACAACCAGUUCAUCAGACCCGUGGAGAACGUUUCUGAUCCUGUUACCGUGGAGUUUGAGGUGUCCAUCUCGCAGCUUGUUAAAGUCGAUGAGGUGAAUCAGAUCAUGGAAACAAAUUUAUGGCUCCGGCAUAUUUGGAACGACUACAAAUUAAGAUGGAUGCCAGCAGAGUUUGAUGGGAUUGAAUUCAUCCGAGUUCCCUCAAACAAGAUUUGGAGACCUGAUAUUGUUCUCUACAACAAUGCUGUGGGUGACUUCCUGGUAGAGGACAAGACCAAAGCCUUGCUGAAGUAUGACGGUACGAUCACCUGGGUUCCUCCUGCCAUUUUUAAAUCCUCAUGCCCGAUGGAUAUCACCUACUUCCCUUUUGACUAUCAAAACUGCUCCAUGAAGUUUGGCUCCUGGACUUAUGACAAAGCCAAGAUUGAUCUUGUACUCAUUGGAUCCAAGGUAAACCUCAAAGACUUCUGGGAAAGCGGGGAAUGGGAAAUCAUUGACGCUCCGGGCUACAAGCACGACAUCAAGUACAACUGCUGCGAGGAGAUCUACCCGGACAUCACGUACUCCUUCUACAUCCGCCGCCUGCCGCUGUUCUACACCAUCAACCUCAUCAUCCCCUGCCUCCUCAUCUCUUUCCUCACAGUGCUGGUUUUCUACCUCCCAUCUGACUGUGGAGAGAAGGUCACGCUCUGUAUCUCCGUCCUGCUCUCCCUCACUGUGUUCCUGCUCGUGAUCACAGAGACCAUCCCCUCAACGUCACUGGUCAUCCCCCUCAUUGGAGAGUACCUGCUCUUCACGAUGAUCUUCGUCACCCUCAGCAUCGUCAUCACCGUGUUCGUGCUGAACGUGCACUACCGCACGCCCAUGACGCACACCAUGCCGUGCUGGGUGCGGUCCGUGUUCCUCAAAGUGCUGCCCAGGAUCAUGCUGAUGCGUAGGCCGAUAGAUGAGGAGGGUAGGGCCGGGUGGUUGGACGGCAGUGGGGAAGCAGGAGGAGCUGGAGGGGGAGGAGGAGGCGGAGGAGGGAAAGGACGGAGGAAGAGGAAGAACAGCUUGAUUCAGCAGGUCGGAGGAGGCUCCCUCAACUGUCUGGAGGUCGGUGGGGACAGUAAGCUCGCGGCCAUGGAGGGCUGCACUGGCAAGAAAUGUCCCUGCCCCUGCCAGCACGUGAGGGAAACCCCAGAGACGCCAGAGUCUGGGAAGGUGCCUCGUCAGCUGAGUCCACAGAACAUAAACACGGUGAUGGCCUUCUCCGUGGUGUCGCCCGAGGUCAGACAGGCCAUCGAGAGCGUCAAGUACAUAGCUGAGAACAUGAGGAGCAGGAACAAGGCCAAAGAGGUAGAAGACGACUGGAAGUACGUCGCUAUGGUCAUCGACAGAAUCUUCCUCUGGGUCUUUGUGACGGUGUGCGUCCUGGGAACCAUGGGCCUCUUCAUCCAGCCCCUCUUUGGUUUCGUCUCGUAACCGUUGUAAAACUCUGGGUUCUCAGCCACAUUGUGACAACCAACACUAAGAAAACUUUCCUUUCUCAGUCGACUCAUGACUGGAUGCAGUUCUGAGACUUAAGGCAUCGCUGGAUGUGCUGGCUUUCCUCAAUAAAAGCCUCACAAAGUUAAGAGAGAAUUUUAAUUUAAUUAGUUGGUGUACUGCAAUACGUUAGCAAAGAUUGAAAUGUAGUUAUUGCAUGUAUCUGAUGACUGUUUUUUUUUUUUUAACCAAAGUGAUAAUCGUAAUUUUCCCCUUGUUAGGAUAAUUUAAAAUUUAGGGCGUGGUGGUUCUUUCAAUGAUGUGGCAAAUUUAGAUUUUUGGAUAGUGCAUUUAUUGCCACACCUGCUUAAGGUCUUCAAAUAAAAAACACAGCCAAAAAUAACACAGCUGGGCUGAUAUAUAAUCUAUGUUGUUGCAUUUUAGUUCUGAUUUAUGCUUGAUGUACAUACAGGUAAAUUGAUUUUCGGCGUAAAAUGUGAAAAAAAAAAAAAAAAAAAAAAAA